CAUUUAAUCAAGUUAGUUAGUAGUCCUUUGUACAGAAAAUGUCGUUGUUACUCGGAUGUUGCCCGUUUCACUUCAAUGAAGGAUAAAGUGAAAAAUGGACCAGGCUUAAAGGAAUUUAUUAUUGGAGACUCUGAAACGGUUCUUACUGGACGUCCACAUAUACCAUACUUGCCGGAAAAUGUUGAAAUUGGUUCCAAAAGAAAAGUUUAUUUUGAUGUGUACGGGUGUCAAAUGAACCUUAGUGAUACCGAGAUCGUGUGGUCUAUUCUGAAGAACGAAGGAUUUGAGAAAACGGAAAUUGAAGAUGAAGCUGAUAUCUUCUUAGUUAUGACGUGUGCUAUCAGAGAGGGAGCAGAAAGUAAAAUCUGGCACCGCCUUGACCACUUGCGGGGCUUUAAAAGACGACGAUCUUUGAAGAACAAGCAGAGACCUGUUAAGAUUGGUAUAUUAGGGUGUAUGGCAGAGAGGUUAAAGGAGAAGCUCAUUGAGAAAGAGAAGGCUGUUGAUGUUGUGGCAGGUCCAGACAGCUACCGUGACCUGCCCCGUCUUCUAGCUCUCACAAACGGUGGCCAGACUGCAGUAAAUGUACUGCUUUCACUAGAUGAAACUUAUGCUGAUGUUGUGCCCGUCAGGUUGAAUGAGGAUAGUGUGUCUGCUUUUAUCUCAAUAAUGCGUGGUUGUGACAACAUGUGUACAUAUUGCAUAGUGCCAUUCACGCGAGGCCGCGAGAGAUCGCGCCCAGUCUCCUCAAUAGCCGAAGAAGUGAGGCAGUUAGCUGACCAGGGAGUGCGAGAAGUGACGCUAUUGGGACAGAAUGUCAAUAGUUAUAGAGACGUGUCACAGCACUCUGAUAAGCUUGACACACAGUUAGCUAAAGGCUUCAAGACAGUGUACAAGAGCAAGAAAGGCGGGUUACGGUUUGCAGACCUACUGGAGAAAGUUUCCUCCGUCGACCCUGAGAUGCGCAUCAGGUUCACUGCAGCCCAUCCUAAAGACUUUCCUGAUGAAGUAUUGCAAAUAAUCAAGGAGCGUCCGAACAUCUGUAAAGCUCUGCACCUGCCCGCGCAGUCGGGCUCCACGGAAGUGCUGCAGCGUAUGCGCAGGGGCUACUCCAGGGAGGCCUAUUUGGACCUCGUACGGCAUAUAACAGAUUCUAUACCCGGGGUUGGCCUGUCAACGGACAUGAUCUGUGGGUUCUGCGGCGAGACGGAGGAGGAAUUCCAGGAGACCCUCUCGCUGAUGGAGAUUGUUGAUUACAACAUAGCGUUUCUCUUCCCUUACAGCAUGCGAGAGAAAACCACAGCCUACCGUCGGUAUAAAGAUGACGUCCCGGAAGAAGUGAAAAAGGACAGACAUAACCGAAUGAUAGAAGUGUACAGAAGAAAAUGCCAAAUACUAAACGAAGCCGAAGUGGGCAACACACAUCUUGUGCUAGUCGAAGGCGUUGUCAAAAAGACCGGACAGCUAUUAGGAAGAAACGAGUUGUACUUGAAAGUGGUUUUCAAUCAACAGGAAAUUUUGUCUGAAGAUAAUGGCCAGCGGUUAAUAAGGCCCGGUGAUUAUGUAGCUGUGAAAAUAAUAGGUGCAAAAUCGUCUGUGUUUAGUGGUAUGCCUUUGUACCAUACGAGUAUUAGUGAUUUUUAUAGAGACAGAACUUGGGGUGAUCGAAGAGUUGUUACUUUGUAAAUAUAUUAGAAUAGAAA